UCCGAUGUAGUCGCGCUUGUCUCUGUUCCGUGGUGAAUUGUUUCAGUUUUCAGUUCAGCCUGUUCAGCCGAGUCCGAGUCAGUGGUGGAUAAGAUCUUGUUCGAAGUGGUGGUAUACAACGUUGUUCCGAUUUGUCGUCGUGUGAUUUUGUUGCGGAAAUUGGUGGAUUUUCACAGAAACUGACUCCUACGAGGAAUAAAAAUUACUUUGGAUAUUCCCAAGAACUGAAUCAGACAUGAAACAUAUCAACGUCCAUAUCAUCUAAACCAGCAACUUUGACUUUUACAAGACAAACAAAAGCAAUAGCUGAAAACAUGAAAGUCAAUAAUGGCGUUGGUAACUUUUCGCGAAGUAGUUCAGCCCGGACUGCACCAAAGAAAAAUCCAGUGUUGCCAAAAUCAUCUUAUUCCUCUCCUGCUACUUGCAGUACGCCGCGUAGUCCUACUGUUAACUAUAACGUAAGGGAACCUCCACCAGAUAUACCAAAAUCUCCAAUAUCCGAACAAAAAUCUCCUAGCUACCAGAGAAGCCCUAAAUUUUCUAAAAUGAGUGUUAAUUCGCCGAAAGUAUCGCUUAGCAGCCCGAGCCAGACUGAAAAAAUUUUUGACUUCGCCGACGCGGAUUUCAGACCAAUUAAGUCUCCGAGAUCUCCGCGAUCCCCCAAGAAAUUCAAUUAUGAAGACGAUUCCAGGGAUGCUCCAGGGUCGAGUGAUAAUAAUAGUCACAAUUUCAAUCUUGCCUCUCCUCCAAAAAAGUCUGGAAUGAUGAACCGCCAAAUGUACCAAUCAUCCAAGAGCGACUCGCUUAAUUCUACAAAAUCUAGUUUAGAAUAUUCCUCUACUACUAAGCACCCCACAGGAGCCUACCAAGAUAUAGAGUACAAAGUCUGCCAUUCUCUAGACUCGGAUACCCAAUCCCAAACAACGGCAACGUCAAGUUACAGAGAAUCCUCAACCAGCUUUAGUUCAAGACAUUCCUCUUUUAAAGAAAAAAGAAAACCUAGGUGUAAUAUCAGGACAAAUCCGGGAUAUGAUGACCGGUAUUCAUCGUGUAAAUCCAUCAAUGAGUACGAAGGAAGUACGAAGUCCUUAAAGAGGUGUGAUUGCAGAAAAUCGACUUCUGAUCUAACCGACAUGACAGACGAGGUUGCCAACACGAUGACGACGUCACUCAGUAGGCCUAGCUCUCCAAGGCGAAAGGGCUCAGUGAAAGGAGGUCUGGCCUAUCUGGCUUCCAGAAGAAGUUCUCGAGACUCUAUUGCUUCCAAUAUGUCAAAUGUAUCUAACGAAGACAUAGGACCUUUAAAUUUUCAAAAUACAGUUCGUGGUCGUCAACGGAGAACUUCCAACUUUUUGGAGCUACCUGUUCCAGAUCAUAUCAGGCCUAGAGUGUGUUCGUUGCCAGAAAAACCCUACAACCCCCGACUUAGCGAUGAUCUGUACCGUUUGCGGACAUUCAGUAUAACUAACAAGGGAGGAGUCGUGAACUGCGGGGAUUCCAUCAUUAACAGAAGGUCCAGGUCAAAUACAAGUGUCAAUUCUACCGCCAGUAGAGCAAGUAACGUUUCUGGUGAAAGGUCGCCAUUUGAUGGAUCAUGCUGCGGUUCAGGAUACCAUACGGUCGAUUCGACUCCUUUGGGAUCGCCGGAAGAGGUGGAAGUUCCCAAAUACAGGGUUGUUAUGCUCGGAGACGCGGGUGUGGGCAAAACGGCUCUUGUGUCGCAGUUCAUGACAUCCGAAUACAUGAAUACCUACGACGCAAGUUUGGACGAUGAAUUCGGAGAGAGGACUGUUUCAAUUUUACUUGACGGGGAGGAAUCUGAAAUGAUAUUUAUUGACCAUCCAUCAUCAGAAAUGUCGGUGGAAAAUUCACUAAGUACGUAUGAGCCCCAUGCGUGCGUGAUGGUGUAUUCGGUGGUAUCCAGAUCUAGUUUUCAACAUGCAGAAGAAACACUUAAUUAUCUUUGGAGAGAAGGAUACACUCAAGAGAAAAGUGUGAUUGUGGUGGGAAAUAAGGCCGAUCUAGCGAGAGCACGAGUUAUUCCUCCUAAUGAGGGUAAAGCACUUGCGGUGGCAAGAGAUUGCAAGUUUAUAGAGACAUCUAGCGGAAUUCAACAUAAUGUGGACGAACUCUUGGUAGGCAUCCUAAAACAAAUUCGGUUAAGGGAAUCCAGGGAAAAGAAAAAAGCCACAUUAAAAAAGGAUAACAGUAAAAUACACGGUUCUAAAACAAGUCUGAGCUUAAACAUUGCACGAGAGAUUUUGCAAAAAAUAUGUUUAAAUGAUAUCAGCAAAUCAAAAUCCUGUGAAAAUUUACACGUUUUGUAAUUGUACUGUAGAGAGUAGAUGCAAAAAUCAUAUUUUUCUAUACAUUGGAAAUACUCUGCUAAAUUUGUAUUUUCUCAAAGACUUUUUCUGAACUAUCUUAUUUAGUAUAAAUAAUAGACUAUUUAGCUAAAAGCGUUGGAAGUCUAUAUCGCUUGUAGAUAUAGAAUUGUAGGUGUUAAUUAGUACAAAUUAUCUAAUUAUAGAACAUGUAAAUUUUCUCUCAAAUUUUAUGUACUUUAUCUUGUAAAUGUCAAUUUAAUUUUUUAUUGAACGACUGUAACAUACUAUGUAUUAUGGGUUAUUUUGAUUAAAGAAAAACUUACCUAUCUUAGUUAUUUAUUGUUAAGCAAGUUUAUAAAAUUUUUAUGUUUUAAAAAUGAUAUCCCUUGUUAAGACAGGCCAAAUGCCCCCACUCGCAGGAUUCAUUUUUUCAACGAAAACUUUUCGUUUAUAAAUUCGCAAAGUCUCUGUGUUAUUGCGUUGCCGCUCCUGUAAUACCCAGAUCACAUUUAUCGAUGGAUGUAGUUUUUUCUUCUGAAUCCAAAUCUGAAAACGGCAUUUCGAUAUCUCUAACCGUCUUCGAAAUAAUCGAUCUCAAAGUCUAAAAUGUGAGGUCACAAUCCAUUUAUUUUCUGCCGAUACACUAAACGUCAGCUGAAAUCGUUGCUAAUAAAUAGGCUAGUUUUUUAAUCUCGAUUUGUUAAGGCUAUGGGUACAUAAUUCGCAAAUAUUUUACGUGUAUCCCUACUUUUUCUGUCUUUACACGGCAAAUUACGUGUAGUAAAAUUCACACUGGUGUGGAUAUGUAAACAUUACUAGAAUGUCAUUCUACUUGAAAAUGUCAUAAUUAAUUUAAAGAGAUGGCUUUUGAAUGUUCUUGGAUAACUGUUAUUUUUAUAAUUGCAAAUUAUUAAUUCAGUUAAUAAAUGUGAUAAUUUUUUCACUAACUAUGUUUUCAGUGAUUGUAAUAAUUUAUUUGUACAACAAAAACUAAUAAUCAAUCGAGAAAAGAGGAAAAGUGUUAAAGUGAUUUUUUAAUAAUAUGUUGUUAUUUUGGAACGCUUACAAUUUUGAACAUCUCUAACAACAAAAUACUUUGAUCACAGGAUAUAUCAAUCUGAUGUAUUCUCUGCUUGGAUCUUCCACAAAUAAUACACAAUAAAUAACUUUUUAUUAAGUUCACGUCUUAAAUCAAUUAUUUAUCAAAUACACUAUACGCUGUGAGCUCGUACGUAGAGGGGAUAUUUAUAAAUUCGCGAGCGCCAGUAGUGGCAAGUAUGUAAACGUUUACCGGAAAUUUGACAUAAAUGUCAAAGUGAUUAAUUUAAAAUUAAAAUUAAAAACAUUAAUUAUAAAAAAUAUUAUUUGGUCAAAGCUGUGGUAUAUAUUUUUACCUUAAAUAUACUUACGUUUUAAAUACUGAAUUUAACGUUUUUUUAAUGUUCCGUAAUAUGUAAUUAUAAUUUAAUCUAAAAAUCUUAGCGCCAUCUACACGAUAAUUGUGAAAGUAUCCGAAGUAAGAAAUUCAUAUUUUAUCAAUACAACGUCAAAAUGAUUAGCAAAAUCUUAAAAAAUCGAUUACAAUUUAAUUAUUUUUUUGUGUUGUAAAGGUUAAGCGAUAACAAUUAAAUAAUAAAUUUAAAAUUUACCGGUGAAAGUUGAAUUAGUAAUCCGCUAGGAGCGCCACUAGCGAAGCUCAGAGCGUAUAUAUCAAUAAUAUUUAAUCAAUUUCUCAAAAUAUUCCCGAUGCAAUGUCAAAUAUUUAAAAUUGUCACUGAUUGUCAGUGUCUGACUGACAAUAUAUGCUGACAAUAUUAUAUUCGGUUGAGUGCGUUGUAAGACAAAGACAGAUUUGGAAAAUAUUACCACGGCAUUGUGUUCAUUUUUUUCAAAUCCUGAAAAAACCAAUAAAUAUUUUUGAAAAAUUUAAACGCAGAAUGAAAGACUAAAUUAUUACCGAGGGCCGAAAGUCCCUUAGAAUAAAUAAAAAGUUUAUUUUGAAUGAGAUAUUUGAAAUUAAAAAUCACACUAAAUUUUCUCUUAGUUUUUUCACCCCUGUAACUUAUUAAAAUAAACAUUAUAGAAGUUCUCAGGAACUUUCGGCCCUCGCUAAUAACGUAAUCUUUCAUUCUGCGUUUAAAUUUUUUAAAAAUACUUAUUAGUUUUCUCAGGAUUUGAAAAAAAUGAAUCCCCAUUUGAAUAGCA